AUGAUUGUGAGAAUAACAGCUUUGAUUCUUCUUUGCACACCAGCUGUGAUUCAAACUUCAGAGGUUCCUCAGCUGAUCACUUUGACUGUUGUUGAACUUGGUGACAAUGUUACUUUUGGCUGUGAAGUCUCUGAGAAGGAGUUAAAAUCCUUUCAUUGGUAUAAACAAUCUCUGGGACACUUGCCCCGAAGUGUUGCUUCUGUUGUUUUUAACCAAAUAGCUUUAUCUGAUGAAUUUAAAGAUUCACGUUUCACUGUGAAUAAAGAAGCAUCUCAAUAUAUAUUUACUAUUAGAAAUGUCAGCAAAGAGGAUGAAGCAACAUAUUUCUGUCAAACGGGAGCCACAUAUUCACAGAUGUUCAGCAGUGGCACAUUCUUGGCUGUGAAAGAUCACAAUCAUCAGAAAUCUGUCUACGUGAAACAAAAUCCAGAGAAAGAGUCUGUUCUUCUGGGAGACUCUGUGACACUCGAAUGUUCACUUCUCUCCAAGAACAAAGAAAAAGCACUCCAAUGUCCAGAUGACCACAGAGUGUACUGGUUCAGAGCUGGAUCUGAAAGAUUUGCUCCAAACAUCAUUUACACUCUCGUGAACAACAGUGAUGAAGCUCUUAAGAGACGAUGUGUCUACAGCAUGACCAAAACCAUACAGAACUCCUCAGAUGUCGGGACUUACUACUGUGCUGUUGUCACAUGUGGGGAGAUCCUGCUUGGUGAAGGAACUAAGGUGGAGACACGCUCAAUCCAAGCCCCCAACUUCAUCUCCACCACCAGCAUCAAACUCCUGAAGCUCCUGUCCUAA